GUGAGUCUCAUUAACAUCUGAUCCUGAGUGCGCUGUCCUGCAUGGAGGCAAAUGGGCGUCAUCACUUCUCCUGUGAAAGGUAGCACGUGGUUUCUUUAUCAGCCGCCGCUGUCUCUGUAGUGCGCGCCCUAGUUCAUUUCUUCUGCAUGGACUGUAAGCUUCAAUCGAAUUCUGAAUUAUCCACAUUCCUUAAGACAUUGCCAUUUUUUUGGGAAAUCGUUACACUCAAUGACGAAGGAGACGCAAAAGUUAAUUGGAAGAUAAUAGCGGUGACCCUGAAACGGGAGCCUGAACUCACAUAGAAAAAAACGCAUCACAGGUCAAUGGCAAACAAUACAGGGAGGACCACCGGCAGGGAUGAGUUUCCAACUCGGAUGUUAAUGGGAUGUGUUUUUUUGCUGCUUAUUUUGUGGACGCUAUUUGGAAACUUUACAGUUUGUGCCGCGGUUUUGCGGUUCCGACAUCUGAGAGUCAAAGUCACAAAUAUAUUUAUCGUUUCCCUGGCUUUCUCCGACCUGUUGGUGGCUGUAUUGGUGAUGCCCUGGAAGGCAGUGGCUGAUGUCUUGGGUCACUGGCCGUUCGGGACGUUCUGUAACACAUGGGUGGCUUUCGACAUCAUGUGCUCCACAGCUUCCAUUCUUAAUCUCUGUGCUAUUAGUCUGGACCGUUACUGGGCAAUCUCCAGUCCGUUCAGAUACGAAAGAAAAAUGAACAAGAAGCUAGCCCUUAUUAUGGUCAGCAUCACAUGGACCGUGUCGGGAGUUAUCUCGUUCGUCCCAGUUCAGUUAAACUGGCACAAAGCGGAGCAGGAGACAACUGUAGUCUCAAAUCAAACCGUUGAUAAUUGUGACUCGAGUCUUAGCAAGACGUACGCAAUAUGGUCAUCUUUGAUCAGUUUCUACAUUCCCGUGGCUAUAAUGAUAGUUACUUACACAAAGAUCUACCAGAUUGCUCAUUUGCAGAUACUGAAAAUAUCGUCUCUUGAGCGUGCCGCUGAACAUGCCGUUAACUGUAGAUCUAGCGUGUAUCCCUGCCCCCAUCAGAAAACACUAAAGUUGUCAAAAGAGACUAAACUCCUCAAAACUUUGUCCAUUAUAAUGGGUGUUUUCGUGUGCUGUUGGUUCCCUUUCUUCGUCGUGAACUGUGCGGUGCCGUUCUGCCACGAACCACAGAACGACGAACCAAAGUGUGUGAGUGACACUACGUUUGAAGUGUUCAUGUGGUUCGGAUGGUGCAAUUCAUCUUUGAAUCCAAUCAUUUACGCUUUCAACGCGGACUUCAGGGAAGCAUUCACACGCCUUUUGAACUGCUGCGGUGUCUGUGGCAAGGCACCCUCAGGGACAUUUGACGUGAGCCAGCCUGCGUCCAACAAUCAGAACAGUUCGAUGGGUGUUGCAUAUGUUAAUAUGGGUCUAGACAAUCAACCUCCGUAGAGAAAAUACGAUUACGAUGGAUAAGGACAUUUGCCCUGGUAAUUGUGACAAUUAUGAUUACGACUAACUUUUCAGCGGUGCUAUCGGUUCACAAUUUCAAGUCAAAAAAGUUUAUCAAGGAUAACUCUGGUCGCAUUGGGAGGCAGCAGCAUCAACGCAAUAGAGGCUGCGUCGUGCAUCAUUCCAAACCACCUGGAUCAACAUAAGACGCUAAGCACAGAUGUUCAGUUAUCAGAAACACACCGAGAUGCUGUGGCACACUAUGUUUCGUAAUCUCACUUGUUAAAUCAGUUAUUCGUUCCAGUUUCAAGUCACAGAAAAUCAGUCGUCCAAUCUGGGCUGUUGGGCUGGCAGCCUGCCGCUUUACUGCACUUGUGAGAUUCCAUUAGCUUUCCCACUGAGCAUACUGCUCCCUUUUUGCGGGCCCACCUUCAUAAAUAAUUGGCUAUUUCACUUUUAUGGAAGGGUCAAUGCUUCUGUGUCACUGAGCGUACACAGAGAGCCUAGUCAUGCACUGUGUCAUGAGCGGAACCAUCUUCCGUGAGUUUGGGCCUUUUUGUCUUUGAUGACAUUCGUGCUUGAACAUUAGAGCACACCUCGAAUGACGCUUGAUUUCACCUGCACUGCAUUUUUUAGUAGGCCUAUUUAAAAAUGUAAAUUCAUGUAUUUCGAAAGAGAUCAUUCGAAACACGUGUUUAUGAGCAGCUAUGACGUUGAGCUUUUGUCACAUGCAAAUGAAAAGGCUUUUUCACAUUUCUGAAGAGGUUACAGUAGUCUAUUAAUCACCCUCCGUGCACUGAAUAGCGAGGCUGAGCCAAGUAGGUCUACAUGACGGGUGUUUGAGUUAUUUAUUCAGGCUCUCUGUGUCAGGGCAGAGGAGAUAUGAAUUAACCAUGUAAAUUACUAUUUUUGUGUAUGUGUCUUGGAAAUAAAUUAUUGCGUUACAUAAACCAAUGCAAAUACAUGUACAAAAUAUAUUGUUGUAUUUUAUUUAAACCUAUAUUAUAUAUUAACAUGACUGUAUUCUGCGGUGGAGUAUGUUAACAUGACUGUUUUCUAUGGUGUGGUAGGUUAACUUGACUGUAUUCUGUGGUGGGGUGGAGGUAACAGAUGGGUUGUCAGAAAAGUGAAAAAAGCAACUGAAAAAUCAAACAGGUGAUCACUUCGAUUCCCAAUUAUAAACAAGUGAUGUAUUUUAAAAGCUUGUAAAGUUUCAAGCUGCACCCCUGGAGGGAUAUCCCACAGAAAAGGAUCCCCUUUUAUGAGUGCAUACAGACUCAUUAACAGUCUAAUUGUGUUGUGACUGCCAUUUUUAACACCAUUAAAGACCAAAAUUAUUUCACAAAAUGUUCUCUAUUUAAUGUCAUUAUUAAGUAACAAAGUAACAUUUUU